ACAGCUNGAUUCGUUCUUACAUUCCUUCGGAUCAUAUCUUUUGUUGGCAUUNGACGAAGUUGGUGUCCUNGACGAAAGUCUCGACGAAUUUCAUUUCAAGAGAACCAANGACGGNAGAGUUCGACCUUACAACGACUUUUUCGGUAUCAUNAGUCAAUUGUGCAAAGAACCCGACUUGUUUUUUAUAGUUGUUGGGAAAAGNGAAGGCUUAAAUAUAUANAAUUACGUAGCUUCAGUCUCAAGGGUUCAGUUAGUAUUUAUUCCUCUUUCGCCGCUNGAGAAACANAGUAUCAUGGAACAUUUGGAGAAAAGUUCUUCCUUUUUAUUCACUGGGAGCCCAAAGGUUUCAGAAAUUCUUUGUCACGAAGACUUCUCAACNAGNGAACUUGCAGAAUUGUUGUUGGAAUUGACUGGUGGUGUUCCUGGUUUACUUGUUCGAGCAAUCAGUUACCUUCUGCUGUANAAAUCAUCCAACAACAAUUUCUCAUUAUCNAAGGAAACCUUCUUGAUCAUAAUGAANAGCUUUCCAGUAACAAAUUAUUGUGUUGCGCCAUUCUUACCUCGUCUGAUAAGUCUCAGNGAGCAGCGNAAGCGCUUGUUAAGAAUGCUUACGUUAUUAUCUUUGUAUCGUAUUCGAUUNGAUUUNGANGAAACUGUGCAAAUAAGCUCCAAUUCNGAUGUGUUUUUGUUNGAUCUAGUUACAGAUAUGUGUCUCUAUCGUCGAUUGGUUAUAGAACCAGACCGCAACGAACGCUANGAAGUGUUGAUUCCCAAGUUACUGAUUGGAUACAUNGACCAAGGCUUAAAGGANGAUCGUUUAGAAUGGUUACUUUUACAAACUCUCAAGUCUCAAUCUGUNGAAUUCUUUUANGAGUCGAAAUGUCGAAUUUUGGAAGGUCUUAUUGCUACACUGUUUUAUUUACAUUUUUCUCGGCGUCCUACAAACAGCUCAAUGUUUUCUACUCUUGGUCAAUUGUCUCGUGUUUGGAANGAAAUGAAUUUACAAUUUUCUUCCGAAUCUGCUGCUUAUUAUAUGAAAUCUAUACAUUAUACCAGAACUGUAUCAGGAACAGAGAGAAUGACAUUUGGAAGCAANGANGAAUGGGAAAGGAUAGUGGAAGAAAUGUUAGAAUUNGAAAAGAUAUAUAUUCCAUUUCAUUCAACUUUUCANAGUCCAGAUAUAUUAUUCAAGUUGCAUGGAAGAACGAANGAGAAGAACUUGAUGAUUGUGGGUAUUGCUUGNAAAGGCCGAUGGAGUCGNAAUGGUAUUCGAUGGAANGAAAUUUUGGAAGAAGCUCACAAGUUUUUGAAAGCAGUGCANGAUCAAGUAUUGACNAGUCAUCCUACAUGGCAUUGUAUGUUGAUUAUUAUGAGUACUCAGUUAGCAACCAACGUAUCNGAGGACUUGAAUCAUUCNAGUCGUUGUUAUUCAUCUGGCGANAGUGUUGGAGAUUUCUUGAUUCCUCACAACUGNGAAUUGGUUAUUCUUUCNGAAGCNGAUGUAGAAAACUUUAUUGGCAAAGACUCUUUAUCAAAUUUAAGGAAGGCUUUCAAGUCUGUGGANAAUCCACAUUCGAGAAAUAUUGGCAUUUCAACCCUACAAGAAAUAGUUUUGUCUCUUUCCAAAAAUAUAUUNAAGAAUAUCUUGUUUUAAUAUCUGAGAAAUUUUCUAAAACAAAUCAUUUUCAAAAGUUGUUAUAAAUCGGAGGCUGUUUUA